GGAGCAGGAGAGGAAUUCUUUCGGCAUUAUUUUUCAUCGACUUGGGAAAGUAUUUAUUUCGUUGACUUCAAAUUGGAUUUGAAACGAAUUUGCAUGUGAAGAGACUACUUUGUCCGGUAACUUCUGUCGAAUCAUCAGUAAUCGUAGACGUAAACAAAUUACAGCUAUACCAGUGCCAUUCCAGAAGGAACAACAUGUCAUGAUUUAUUCCAUCUGACGUGACAAACAUAUCCGCGAACUUCAAACGUCACCAGAAGAGGAAGGAAUGCCCAUUGUUCGUGUACGCAUUUCAUUGAUUCAUUGAUAACCAUGCCUCGAAGACUCUUGGCGGAUCACCUGUUUGGUGAAACAGCUAACUGUUCCAUUGUGCGGAUGAGCAAUGAAGCUAUGCUACAGACUAAGAUGAAAAAUGAACAUGAGAGAUGGAAACUACUGAAAGAACUUAAACAAUUGAUUUCUAAUGAGAAGGCUGCAAGGUUACAUACAACACGCGAGCUUGAAAUGCUGCGAGAUGAAUACACGAAGAUGAUAGCAUAUGGCCGCGUGUGUAAGGAGCAUGGCUUUGGAAAGUAUGACCCGCAAUUAAACAGACGACAGAUGUCAGAGAAAAAUGAUGUUGCGAAUAACAGCCUAAACAUUUUUUCUAGACAAACUUCAUUGUGUUCAACACAGCUACCGGACAUUGACGACGCGCCCGGCUAUGUGAGGAUACUGAAGAGGAACCCCGUGAGGAGGAGUAAAUCCGACUUGUCGGACAGCAGACGAACUGACACUGCUUACACACGGACCAGAUUUUCGUCCAUUGCAGAGAGCGAUAUCAGUGACACUUUCACAGCCCUGGAUGACGGAAACCCUGACGCAGAAUGUCAGGAAAGUGAAAUGAAACCUAUUCCUGAGGAAACACGAACGAAUGAGGAGGAAAAAGAAGAGCAAAAGAUAACAUCGGCGUUGUCUUCUAUCCUUGCAAUAAAGCUGCAAGCACUGGUAAUGUGGAAGCAACAAAUUCACAAAAAACCGGAACGGGUUGUCUCUGAACGUCCACGAUUUGUGCGGAGAAUGACUACAGGCGAAGCCCCUCCAUCAUCCGACAUCCGGGCACCAUUGACACGACCACCAUCUUUGUUGCCGGGGGAAUGUAAAACGGUGUUUGGAAUGAAGAAGUUCAUGGAACGCGAGGUUUCAAACAAGAUGUUUGUUCUUUCAUCUCCGAAGAAGGAUAAAGCGAAAAUGGACAAAAUGAUUGAAAAAGCGCGUCUCCCGCAACUCAUUGAAAGGCGAAAGACAACUUCAGCAAUAUUUCGAGAUUUCCGAACGUACAAAGAGUCUCUACAUAACCGCAGACCGGAAGCCAACAAAUUGGAAGAAACAGGAUUGGAAACCAACAUAUCACAGGAUGACCAAUUGGUGACAAACAUCUUGGGAGACAACAUGUCUGAGAAAAGCGCUUCUUCUGAUAGCUUUUGAAUAGAUAACAUCAAGAGUGCAUUAAAAUAGGUACCUGUUACUGUUACAUAAAUAUGUUGUUGACAGAUUUACGAGAGCCUAAGAUGACGUAGACUGUUAUAAAACAAUCUCGUUGGUUAGGAGUAAAUGCUUCUGGACGUUGGAAUCGACCCAAUGUUGAUCAGUGUAUUAAAUUAACGUGCAUAGUAGUUAAGGCAAUAUAGGUUUGUGUAUGGUACGAUGAUAUUUAUGACGCUGUUGUAAUAUCCAUGUCUGUACUUGAUGAGUAAAACCGUCUGCUCCAAGCAGCAUGAGUGUCACAGGGUUUGUUAGGGGUUACUUAGACUAAGGGUUAAACGAAAUGAACGUUCACAUGUGAGACCUACCCGGUCUAUCGUUACAGGAAAACAACAACCAAUUACAAUAACAAGUGUUUUACAUUUACAUUGGUAUUAAUGAUUGUACAGCGGAACACAUCGGUAGUUGGUAUGGCACUCUUAUCCUGUUAUACCACCUAAAUCAGACAAGAAUCAUAUAGGAAUGCCACGUUCAUUAUUAACACAAUGUAUCCGGCUCAUUGUCAUCCAUGUCAAUUCGAAAUAGGAGAAAUGUUGUUUUACUGGUAAUAUAUAGCAAUAGGUUUAACCCUGGGACUCGAUAAUUAAACAACACCGAAUUUGGUCAGUGUCUGGAUGAUUCCCUCUCUUGCGUUACAUUUGGUGACAGCGGUGGGAUUCUUGAAUAUUUUGAAAGGCCACUACCCAGAUGGUGCAUCGGGUACGCACGCCGCUUUAUACCAAAUAUAUGCCACAUAUGUGAAUACCGAUAUUUAAAUGGGGUCUUUAAAUGACUUAUCGGGGGGUUGAAAUUGAGGUUGCCCAUGCCAUUUGUUAGAACGCUUUUGGAUCAUCGACCGUUUUCAGUGACAUGAUGGGUUCUCUUUCGCACGUUACAAACUACUAUUUUAACACCAUAUCUAGUCAAAUAGUCUUUAUUUGGCAAUUAAAACAUAAUUGUCAACCAAACGAAGGCAUUUUUUUUUUUACAUCAAAUGAUUAAUUAUAGAAUCCGCCCAUGGAGAAGCUUAUAUUCAUAUUUUGAACGAAGUCGUAGUGAUAUCCUCCCCAGCCCGUGAUCAUGUUUGUACACAUAUGUAUAUUAUCUGUAUGAUAUAAUAGUAAAAAAAUAAUUUUUUGAGACGUUUCCUUAUAGAAUGUUUUUAGGUGUUGGUAACAAAGCUUGAAAAUCCAUCCUUAUUAAAUAAAUUAAAACGUAAACAGUGAUUUUCAUCCUUGUUUGUGUUUACUAUAUCUUCCCUGUUGUUGCAUAAUCAAGUUAAACAUAGAUGAUUCUUCUGGUCGCUAGCAGAUUUAUCACUGUGUGUCUUCAUUGUCCAGACCACAGCUGUUUUUACCGCCCCAGAUUUUAAUGUAACUUUGCUUAGGUAUUAUUUCUCAAAUUCUUGGAGUCGUUAUAAUGACUGAUGUUAAUGUGCAAGCUAUCAACAUAGUGUACACAUCUAUAAUCAUUUACACUGCCCUGGAUUUAAAAAAAACCCAUUUAAAAAUAAGGUUCACCGAGCCAAAACAAAUAUAGCUGUUUUAGUUAAAUUCUAGUUUACACAAUAUGAUGUUUGAAGUAAUUCAAUUGCAAUUACAAUCUCUUAUAAAACUUCACUUUAGCCUUCAUAUUUAUUUUCUUUACUUUUCAAACUUAAACUAGUGUAGUCAAAUUAUCCUCAUACUAUUGCAUGUUGACACUGGGGCAUGGUGUAUGGAAUCAUGUUUUUGCAGGGAGGUUUCACGUGGGCAAUCACUGGUGUUUCUUUUGUCCACAUUAAACAUUGUUUUGAUUACUACACUAGAACCAUCGGAUUAUUAAAGUUCUGCUUACCAUACAGAUUGUUUGAAUUUACAAACAGCUGGCUGGAAUGUUUAAUAGUUAGUUAAAUACUAAAAAAAUCCUCAGUCAUAUCAGAUUUGUGCUAAAGGGGCACCCUUAGAUGUCAGAUCUCCUGCAGGACAUACACAAUAAAAGGCGUUGAUCAUGACAACAUCCUAAAAAUCAUUUUCGUCAAACUGUAUCACUAUAUAAUAUUUCCUCUGUGACCUAUGACAAGAAAUAAUUUGGCCUUUGUUAAAAUAAAUUAUACUGAUACAUACAUAUUUCAGUCACCAUCUACUGCUUCACGCUCUACAAUGAAGCCAUGUGCAACAUGCCCUAGUCUCAAGGUAUUCGAGGAGCUGUAUUUAUGAAACCCUUUCAUGCUUACUCUCAUAUUCUGUGCUCAAGUUCAAUUUCUUGAUUUGAUUAAUAACAUAAUAAAA